AUGGCGUCUCCUGAGGCUCCCUCUCUUAUUUUGAAAGCGGCUCUUCGAGAAUUUCAAACCGACAAGGUCGAUAUUCUGGUGAACAACGCGGGCGUCGGAGGAAACGCACCACUCGAAGAAGUCACAAUUGAAGACUAUGAUCGUCUGAUGGCAGUCAAUGUCAGAGCAGUCAUCUUUAUGACUCAAAGCGUCUUACCUCACAUCAACCGCGGCGGUCGUAUUGUCAACUUGUCUUCGAUAUCUGCCCGCGGUGGCUACCCGACUCAAUCCGUUUAUGCCGCAUCCAAAGCUGCUGUCGAAGGUCUGACACGGGUCUGGGCCACAGAGCUGGGCCACAAAUACGGGGUAACUGUGAAUUCAGUCAACCCUGGCCCUGUCGAUACUGAUAUGUACCGUGCUGCCGGACCUGUGCAUCUUGCGAGGAUGGAAGAACAGAAUAAGAAGGUUCCUGCCGAGCCCAGAUGUGGAACGGAGGAGGAUGUGGCAGAUAUCAUUGUGUUCUUGUGCGAAGAAAGAUCGCGCUGGGUGACCGGGGACACGAUCUGUGCGAAUGGAGGUAUGGUAUACACAUAG